GUUGUCCUCACAUUUGCUCCUCUAACAUUUUCAACCGUUAACACCUCCACAUAUUGAAACGAUCUUGAGUUUAUUAUCAAGGCAUUUACUCGGGCUUGUAGUCGAUCUUGUCGCUUAUGAACGUUGAACGUUAACAACUAGGUCUUCUUUGAUCUAUCGUAGAAGAUGCAUUGUGAUGGCCUGUGCGGUGGAAUGAUACCUCGCUGCCUCGCGCAUCCCAUUACUGUAAGUUACGCCAUGAGGUGAAACACCUUUUAUGGCAUGGCCUUCAAGGAGGUUUUAAACUGGGCGCCGAGGCACUCUAGUUAAGCACUCUUUCUUCUCGUCAGAACAUAGGCUCUUUCCCAAGCAAAAUAUUGCAGAUUUUCGUUGUCGACAUGCCAACUCACCCGCACAAUAUUAACUGCCUUCCAGCGAAACUACUCCUGAACAUCUUCCAACUCACAGGGACCCACGGUGGUCCCCGCAUACUACCCGGAAUCGUCAUUGCGUCGCACGUUUGCAAGCGCUGGCGAUACCUCACCCUCCAAACACAGUCUUUCUGGACUGCAAUGUCAAUUUCCAACAGGGAAAAAGACUAUGUCCACCAUGUGCGGGUCUGGCUGAUGCGAAGUGGUGCAUUACCAGUUGAUAUAACUAUCCACUGGGACUGGUCAUGGGUAGAACGCAAAGCAGAAGACGCCCUCUUUCCCAUUGACGACGCAGCUCCAUGGGCUGAUGAUACCUCACAAUACGUCAGACGCUCGUACAUGGAGUAUGAGCGAUUCCACGAACUCGAGCGCAAGUCACUCAUGUGUGAGCUCGAACGCCACAAACACCGUUGGCGCUCCUUCAGAUGGAAUGCAACUUUGGAUCGCCUGAUCCAUGAAAAUGCAGAUACAGACGUGACAUUAGUGGAUGCCUCCGAUCACAUUCCUGGCAUAGACUCGAAUUCAACAAUUCAUAUGGUGGUGUCACGCGACUCGGCCUCACGGUCUUCAUAUUCCAUUGACAAGGUGUCACUGGAUUCUAAAACAUCAGUCCGCACAAGGAAGAAUUCCUUCUUUACGAGAUAUAAGACCAGCGCGCGCAGAUUCUGGUCAAAACUCUGGGGUUUGCUGCGCUUUUUAAACUUCCUGUCGUUGAAAUAAUCGACCUGGAUAGUAUGUCUCCGGUGCCUCACCUACAGCGCAUACGUACACAGUACAAAUUAUUGCGUACGUAUUUCUCAAAAUUUCACCAUUGACUUGGUGCUCCUAAUUAAUAAGUGAUAGAUCAGAUGUCGUGUUAAUGUCAGCUUUGAUGAUGAGGUACUUACAAUCUGAUUUUGUUUGGCAAAGGCUUCUGUUUUCAAUAUGUACAAACAACUACUGUUUAUCGCAUCAGCUGAGCCAUGUAUCGUGAAUCUAUACUGACUUUAAAAACCACCCAACUCUUCCA